UCUUUAUUAAGACAAAUCAAACACAAACCUUUUAAAACAGCUUUCAUAUUCCUUCUAAGCUCCCAUGGUUCAAAAUCAUAUUUUUCAUCUCUUACACAGCACAUAGUUUUCUACCAAAACACCAGCUUCAAAGCAAAAAGCCGAACUUUACCAUGCAGUAGAAUUCUCACCUGUUGCAGCUAGCCACCCAAUGACCCAAACCACACAAAUUAAUACUCCAUAUUAAAUAUCCCAGUCUUUUUCGAACUUCCACCGAUCAAAUAAAAAUGGGGUCUGCAACAUCUUCUAUGGCUGCAAAGUUUGCAUUUUUCCCACCAGACCCUCCAUCAUAUAGCACAUAUGUGGAUGAACCAACUGGGAAAUUGAGGAUCUCUGAUGUUCAUCCCAGAGAUGAUGUGGACGUGGUCAAGCUCAGCACCAAGAAAGGGAAUGAGAUUGUGGCCAUGUUUGUCAAAAACCCAUGUGCUUCUCUCACUCUGCUUUACUCCCAUGGAAAUGCUGCUGAUCUAGGUCAGAUGUACCACAUUUUCACUGAGCUUAGUCUUCAUCUUGGUGUAAAUCUCAUGGGGUACGACUAUUCUGGUUAUGGACAAUCUUCUGGAAAGCCAAGUGAGCAGGACACUUAUGCAGACAUAGAAGCUGCAUAUAAAUGCCUUGAAGAGACGUACGGUAUAAAGGAGGAAGACGUCAUAUUGUAUGGACAGUCAGUUGGAAGUGGACCUGCUUUGGAGUUGGCUAUUCGUUUGCCUCACUUGAGGGCUUUAGUUCUGCACAGUCCUAUACUGUCUGGCCUUCGAGUGAUGUACCCUGUAAAGAAAACAUUCUGGUUCGACAUUUACAAGAAUAUCGAUAAGAUCCCGUUUGUCAAUUGCCCAGUUCUGGUAAUUCAUGGAACUGAAGAUGAAGUUGUGGAUUUCUCCCAUGGUAAGCAACUGUGGGAGCUUUGCAAAGAGAAGUAUGAGCCUUUGUGGCUUAAAGGAGGGAACCAUUGUAAUUUGGAACUCUAUCCAGAGUACUUGAGGCAUCUCAGGAAGUUCAUAUCUGCCAUAGAGAAAUUACCACGUGUUCAAAGUUUACCUGAACCAAGUGCAGAUCAAUUGGAGUCUUCUCUGAAGACCAUAGACAACAAGGAGAAGGCCAGAUCAAGCACUGACCAGAAAGAGAAGUCUAGGUCCAGCACUGGGCAGAGAGAAAAAUCUAGACUGAGCACAGACGGCAGAGAGAAAUCAAGAACCAGCACUGAUAAGAGAGAGAAGUCAAGAAAGAGCACCGAUCGAUCUGGCAAGGCAAGAAAUAGCACAGAUCAGUCAGAGAGAGCUAGAAACAGCUUCGACCGCUUGGGAGAUAUGGUGAGGUCGGUUGGAUUGUGUAAUGUUGAUUGUCUGAAGCAUGCAGCAUUAGAGGCUUGAGGUAGAAAGGUUGAGUGCUCCUACUUGGAUUGUAAUUUGUUUAGAGACUGAAAUGUUUGGUUGAUGGGAUGUUUGGAUGAAGGGAAUGAUUUUUCCCCCAUGGUUUUAUCAAAUGGUAAUAGGCUCACGUGCAGCCCCAUUCCUCAUGGGGUUCUUCUUUCUCUUCUGUUGUCUCCUCAAUCUGAUAUCUGAUAAAAUAAAUUGCUGCUUUGUUCUGUA